AUGGCCGGCCUUUUCCAAAAUAUUUUUGGCGGUGCUGGCCCUUCUGGUGCCGCCAAGAGCGACGAUGAUUUCGCCGACUUCUCCAGUCCUUCCGUCGCAGCUGGUUCCGUGCCAGCUGGCUCAGCCACUGCAGCUGGUGGCGUGCCGUACACUGCAUGGUAUCGUGUCUGGGAAAGGGUUGGCCCACGAGACUUUAUGCAAGAAGCGUUCAUCCUGCCUUGCAUUAUCCUCCUACUAUUAUUCUACUCCUGGGGUACACGCAAAAACAAGAGCAAGGCCAAAUCAUGGGCAGUUGCGCAUGCACCCGUGCUCGCGAGCGAAUUUGCCAUUGUCGGGUUCGGCGGUGUCCCCAAGAGCUCGGUUGAAGGUGUUGCCUCUGAAUUGAGCGAGCCCGAGAAGCUGUUGAAGGAGAAGAGCAAGCAGGAAUACCAAUUGUAUGCUACCGGUCGUCAGAAUGUCGCUUUCCUUGAUGUGUCCAUCAAGCUCGUCAAGCGCUACAACCCAAUCAUCUUUCUUAUGGACAAUGCUCUUGGGCUUUUCACGGAUAGCUUCCCGCCGCCGGUCGAGAGAGUUGAAUCGACUCUGUACACUUUUGAUGGCAAGGAGAAGGAUAUCGUUCCUACGCCUACUGGUGAUGCCUCUUCCCUCAAGGUGCCCAACUCCACCUACGACGGGUUCAUCUGGGCUGUUGUGCACAAGAAUGCUAUGCGUCGUCUUCGUCAGGACCGUUACGAUGCUUCCAUGACUUUCACCAAGGACAAUGCCAAGCUACCGAACUGGGUGACCGUUAUGACCGAAAGUGCUGAAAUCACCGAUUUCUUGCUGACCCCUCAGUUGAUCAAAGCUAUUGAAGAGGCCGGUGAUGAUUUCGAAUACUUGAUCAUCACUGAUCAGCCUGUUGACAAGCCUCUCAAGAUCGAAGACGCAACCCCCAAGAAGCGCAUUCAACUUUCUCUCCGUCUUCCUUCUAACGGUUAUGAAUCUACUCUCCCCCUCUACAGCCUUUUCACCCGUCUCCCCGACACGCUUGUCUCCGGGGCCCAUUUCCGUCCCGAAGUGGGCCGCAAACUACGUAAUGCGCGCGAAGAAGAGAUCCGCAAGCUGCGCAGGGCCGAAGAAGAAGAGAAAGCAGAGGAACGCAAAUACGCCGCGGAGAAGCUCAAGAAGGAAGAGCGUGAACGCACGCUGCGCGGUAUGACGGCCGAGGAGCAGAAGCGGUAUUUGGAACGAGAGAAGGAGAAGGAGCAAAGGAAAAUGAUGAAGAAGAGUACUCGGCGGGCGUGA